GUUUUCAGCUCGAAAACAUUCUUCUCGUUCAUGUUGUGACACGCUCAACUGCAACAAACUUCUUGUUGUUUCAACCGCCCCUUGUGCCGCAAAAUGCCGCCAUUAAUGUGACAGUAAAUGGGGCCCGUCGAAGGACCCUCCUUAUGCCGCUGUAAGCUGGAUGAGAGGGACGUAACAGUGUGGUUUUGUACGCUUCGAGAAGGCACAGCUGGAUUUUCCUGUUUAUUUGCGGGAUCGAAGAAGAAGCAAAGACUUGGCAGGAGUAGAGUGCAGACACACUUUAGAGUGUGUCUCUUGCCGGCUUUUUUACAUAUGGAAGGCAAAGAAACGGUUGAUAUCAGGAGUGCGUGACGCCCAGGUUGGGAUUACUCUUCUGCCACUUUGAAGCAGUCACCAGCAAUCGUGAUGGAAUCUCCGAACGGAGGGCAAUCCCCUUUGGCAGCGGCUAUUGCUGCUCUGCCAUCGUGUGCUUUGGCCUGCAUCCAAGCAGCCAUGGCAAACUCGACUUGCUCACCGCUCGAUAACGCCUGCCGGUGUACCAAUGCAGCUUACAACGCUCAAGUUAGCCAAUGUGUGCUUGGAAGCUGCACAAUCAGGGAAGGGCUCACAACCCGAAAUAUUACGGCCGGUAUCUGCGGCGUUGAGCCUUAUGUCGACCAUUCCGCCAAAGGAAUCUUCAUCGCCUUCACUGCCUUGACCACAAUCUUUGUCGGCCUUCGGUUUCUUGCGAGACAGGCGAGAAAUGUUCACGUCUGGUGGGAUGACGUUAUGAGCUUCGUGGGAGUCGCUUCCGUGAUUGCUCUUCUCGGAAUCAUGAUGAACUUAUAUGAAAUCGGCAUGGGGUCCGAUAUGUGGUCCAUCAAACAUGAAAAUAUCACACGAAUCUUCUUGUUGAUGUGGGUGGCCAUGUUUCUCUAUGGUGUGGCCAGGACAGUUUCCAGAGUGUCCAUUAUGCUGUUUUAUUUCCGCAUCUUUGAGAACACCCCUGGCCGCCGUCUCAGAAUUGCAGUUCUGGUUCUGGAUGUCAUCAGCUGCUUUGCUCUGAUCCUGCUGGUCCUCUUUCCGUGCCGCCCCAUCAGUCACUUUUGGGACCGCUGGGAUGGCGAGCACGAAGGGACCUGUCUUGACUUUUACGGCGAGGCAGUUGGCAUCGGUAUCAAGGACAUCAUAGUCGAUGUUAUUAUCAUUGCACUUCCUCUGCCUUACAUUUCCAAGUUGAACUUGAAUCGCAAGAAGAAGAUCAUGAGUUGCAUCUUGUUUUCUGUUGGACUUUGCGUUGUUAUUGUCAGUGCCGGCCGAAUUGCUGUCGUGGACAAAUUUGUUCACUCAACGAAUCCCACUGUUGAUAUGAUGGAUCUUGCAAUCCUCUCUGUCAUUGAACUCUCACUCGGUAUCAUCUGUGCUUGUCUCCCGAGUGUAAAGCCACUGCUUAACUCUCAAUACAUUCCGUUCUUAAAGUCCACCAGGGCUACCAAGGACUCCGCAACGCCAAAAUACUACCCGGAGUUCAGGAGUGGAAAUUCAGGGCAAUCUGGUGGCACUAGCCAAAAGAAGAUACGCGUCACGUACUCCACGACUGUGACUGAUGGCAACAGCGCAUAUAGAGACGAGAGUCCCUUGGUGAUGCAUCCGCAUGCUUCCCUCCGCCAACAUUUACCGUCAGGAUGCACAUAUGACUGGUAUCCAGGACUCCAUCCUAGCCCGCCUGCGCCUGGUAUCAGAGAGGCGUUCGGAACCAGUCAUCAGUGUUUCUCCUACUUUGAUGGCUCAGCAAAAGGGGGUAUGGAGGCAGUGGAUAAACUGGCUGAUCAUCUUCUCGCCCAUGGCCCCUAUGAUGCAAUUCUUGCUUUCUCGAUGGGUGGCGCGUUGGCCGCAACCCUCUUGCUCCGACCAGACCAGCAAGAUCCUCAAGUCCGAGAAGCUAAGAGCAAGAUCAAGAGUGUCGUUUUUCUUUCCAGUAUCAUGCCAUCGGGCUGGGAUGAAUUGGAAAGCGGGAGAGUUACCUUUUUGAAGGCGAACAGGGUAUCCGAGGAAAACAAGAUUGCAAUCCCUACUGUCCACGCUUGGAGCAACAAGGACGUGCAUUACCCUGGGAUGGCGAAGCAAGUUAUGAAUAUGUGUAAACAGGAGACCAGGGUGGAGGUGAAACAUAGUGCUGGUCACGGAAUUCCCAGUGUCCAGGGGGAAGCGUCCGACCUAGCAAGGGCCAUAACGCACAUGUUAGAGAGACUUUGAGAGGGUGUAGAAACAAUUACUGGGAACAGCAUAGCAUACCUAUUCACCCUCGAUAUUUAUACUGAUAUAUGGAGCUGUUCAGCCAUCAG